AUGACGUCGCGCAGUUCCAGUUGUUCAGGGAGGAAGAAGAACUUUGUUUUCGUCGGCGGGAAAAGAUGUCAACGAAAUCAUCAUCAUCAUCAUCAUCGAACGAGAGUUAUAAACGAGGACGCGUCUUCUUCUUCUUCUUCUUCUUCUUCUUCUUCUUCUUCUCAACAACAACAGCAACAACAGCAACAGCAAACACAAAGAUCCUCGUCGUCAUCAUCGGCGUCGUACGGGAAGUAUUCUUCCGCGACAGAUUCGCCGUUGGAUUUAAUCGAUGUGCCGCUGGAGUUGGUUCAAAUUCGCGCGUACGUUCGAUGGGAAGAAGCCGGGAAACCAGAAGGCAUGCCGGCGGAGUGGCAAGCGGCGGAGUUCGCUCGAGCGUUGGACGAUUUGAGAGUCGAAUUGGUAGAAGGGACGCCUUUGAAUGAAAUACGAAGGAAGUUUAACGUGAUGACGGUGAAUAACGGGGAAGACGACGCGCCGAUGAAGUUACCGAGGGAGGUGGAGGAGUAUAAAAGAGAGAGGGAGGAGAUGAUGCGCCGAGCGGCGGCGAUGGGGGUGUCGCAGCAGCAGCAACAGCAGCAGCAACAGCAGCAACAGCAGCAGCAACAGCAGCAGCAACAACAACAGCAACAACAACAACAGCAACAACAGCAACAACAGCAACAGUUCGUGAGGCCGGCGGACAUCGUGAACGCGAGAAUUGCAAACUCGACGGCGCGUCCGAUUGGCGAUCAAGAGUUUGCUUUUGGAUCCGGGUCGUUUGAUUCGUUCGACGAAACGGAUGCAUUUACUGAAGAAUCUGUUCGAGAGGAAGAGGAAGAGGUUGCUGCGACGAAUAUUACCGCCGAAGCGUCUUCUCCAGUUGUUGAAUAUGAAUUCGAAGAGAAAGUUCAAGAGGAGGUAAAUCAAGAAGAAGAAAAAGAUGAACAGCCAACACUCGUCGCCGAGCCGCAACCAGUUGUUGUCGUUGAACAGCAUCAUCAAAACAUCGAUCCAGUCAGAAGAGCUUUCGAUUCAUCUUUUAUUUACGAUUUGAUUCCUAAAAGCAGCAACGCGUCCAGCGACGAAGACGCGUCGGUUGAAAAGAGCGAAGACUCUUCUACGACCUCCUCCGGGGCGGCGAAGUCCUUCAUGCGACGCUGGCGACGACAAUCGGACGGACAAUCCGUUUCGGAUGAGAAAAAUUUGGUGUGUUCGAGUAAGUUGUACCCAAUCGGUGAAGGGUACGAAUUGCUCGUUCAGGUUUUUGAACGCUCGGAGACAGACUCGGCCGCAAUGUCCGGUGAGAGAAGCCGAAAAACAAAUCGAAGAGUCAAGUUCGUGACGGACUAUCCGGAACCGUUAACUUUGCACUGGGGCGUUGCUAGAGACGAACCGGGGCAGUGGAUUUUACCGCCCGAAUCGACGAUGCCGGAAAAAACGAACGUUGUCAGUCACAUGUCCGCGGAGACGCAGUUAAAAGACGCCGGCGAAGGAUGCUUGGUGGACUUGGUCACCACGAAAGCUGUCCAAAGUUCAGCGAAGAGCGCUUCUUCUCCGAGCUCCUCUAGCGCUAUCGCCGGCGAACAACAAACGCAACCGAUUGAACAAGAGUGUCGCCAAAUGCAGAACUUGUCCAUUUACCUCCCGGAUAGCGAUUCAGCUACCGAGAGUGAGUUGAUGGGCGUGCACUUCGUAUUGCGGGAUGAAUUCGGAAACUGGUUCAAAGACACCACAAACGGGAACCAAAAUUUCAACGCGUUGUUACAAGGCGCGGGAGGACGAAACGCGAAGCCCACGGAUGAGUUAACGACGCAAAUUAUCCGCGCCGAAGCCGGGGGAAACUGGUGGAGUUUAAUGCAUCGAUAUAAUCUCGCGUAUCAGUUGUUGCACGAGAAGAUUGGCGCGGAAGAAAUCGAUCCGUCCAAAGCGCUCGUUCGCAUAGCGAAAGUUUUCGUCUGGCUUCGAUUUUCGCAGUUGCGACAAUUGACUUGGCAAAGAAAUUAUAACGUGAAACCGAGAGAAUUGUCCUCUUCUCAGCAAAAGCUGACGUAUAAGUUAGCGGAAUUGUUUUGUGAGCGACCAGAAUUGAGAGAUAUUGCGCGCAUGUGCCUCGAAACCGUCGGACGCGGCGGAGACGCGGGUACUGGACAAGCCGUGCGCGAUGAAAUUUUGAACAUUAUGCACAGAAACGACAUCAAAGAAGUCUCCGGAGUCUUUCUCGAAGAGUGGCAUCAAAAAUUACACAACAACACGUCCCCUGACGAUAUUGUCAUUUGCGAAGCCUAUCUCGCGUUUUUGCGCGGUAACAGCGACUUGAACGCCUACUGGAAGACGCUCACCCAAGGCGGCGUUACGCGUCAAAUUAUGGAAUCAUACGAACGACCAAUUAAAGCAGAACCUACGCCGAGACCUCACAUCGCGCAGGACCUCAUCAGAGAUUUCGAGAACUACUUGAUUAUCUUAAAAGCAGUGCAUUCUGGGGCAGAUUUGAAGCUUUCCAUCGAGGUGUGCUGUAGCCAAAGAAAUUAUCUCGGCUUGUCGCAAGCUCUGCAGUAUUGCAGACAAUUCACCGACAAAGUUGGUAACGAAAUAGCCCUGUUAGAGGCGACUAUUCAAGCGCGUCACGAAGUUCGUAACGCUGGGUUGAAGCAGGGCACGCACAAUCACGAUCACGAGAAAGUUAGGGAGUUGUUAUACUUGGACUUGGCGUUGGGCGGGGUAUCUUCGAGAGCGGUGCAAAGAGCGGAGUUGCCGAAAGAUAUUGGUGAAGCCUUAGAAUUCUCCGCGUUAGCGUUGGAAGAUUUAUGUUUAUCAUUACCGACGUCUUGCGAAGAUUUAGCUUUAAGUUUGGUCGAAAUGCGCCGCGUGAUCAGUUCUCGACACGAAUCGAGUGGAGAUGAAAAGACAAAGUACUUUUGGGCGUUGCGCGCCAAAGCCACGGUGGAUCGCGCGCGAAUGGCCGUCGCUGCGUACGGGGAUUCCAUCAACUCAUCUAUGCAGCUCACCGCGGAAAGUAUUGGCGACGCGUGUAAAUGCGAGCAAUGGACCAUAACGCACUUUAGCGAAGAAGUUAUUCGAGGUGGACCGGCGUUUGGUUUAUCUUUAGCGUUGACUAGAUUGGACAAGAUGUUACGACAAGAAGCAAACUUGGGUGCGUGGAGUAUAAUCUCGCCAAAAGAAGAGAAGGUCUGCGGUCGAGUUGAAUUUUACCCUACGCUGCGUGAAAUCAUGAAUGAAAGCUUCCGCGAACCGACCAUUUUAGUCUGCGAUAAAGUUGGAGGCGACGAAGAAAUUCCUUUAGGUGCGGUUGCUUUACUCACGCCAAGUUCCGUAGACGUCUUGUCCCACUCGGCCGUUCGCGCGCGAAACUCGGGUGUUUUGUUCGCUACCUGCCACGACUUGUCCGUCCUAGAUUCUUUGUGCGAGGUUGUGAACGAGUUCGCGUCAACAAAAUCCAUCGGAUCAGACUCCUCCGUUAAGAUUGAACACGCCUCGGAAGCGGAGAUUGCCAAGGCGACGAAGAUGAAGCUGGAAGAAGAUCCGAGCACGCAAGCGUGGUUUGGUGUUGGUGCGACAUCGUCGGUAUCAUCAACAUCGAAAGCUAAGAUCGAUUUGGAAAAGAAACCGUUUUGUGGUGAGUUUGGUGUGAGCUUAGAUGACUUCAGAGAGCACGUCGUUGGUGCGAAAUCGCGAAACACGCGAACGUUGCGCGAAAGUCUAGAAAGUUCCGACCUUCCAUCUUGGAUCAAUUUGCCGCGAUCGAUUGCCAUACCAUUCGGCACGUUCGAUCACGUUUUGGAGGAUCCGAUAAAUAAAGAUAAAAAAGCGCAGUUCGUAAGACUCAUCGAUCAAAUUGACGAUAGUUCUGGCGAUAGUUUGGAAGACACUUUGAACCGCGUGCGAUCAUGCGUGAAAAGUUUAACCCCCCCAAUAGAUGCCCGCGAGGAACUCUCUCGCGUGAUGAAAGCAGGUGAAAUGAUACCGCCGGAAACCGACGAACAAUGGGACAAAGCCUGGAAGGCUCUAGUCUCCGUUUGGGCGAGCAAAUGGAACGAGAGAGCAUACGUUUCCGUGCGUAAUCGCGGCUUGACGCACAAGAAUUUGCAAAUGGCUGUUUUGGUUCAACCGGUAAUUGAUGCCGACUACGCGUUUGUCGUGCACACGACCUCGCCGGCGAACAACGACGAGAAUGAAUUAUACGCCGAGAUCGUUAAAGGUUUAGGCGAAACUUUAGUCGGUAACUACCCGGGAAGAGCGUUGAGUUUCAAAGCGGACAAGCGCGCAAACUCGCCUCCAGUGAUUACCGGUUUCCCGUCUAAAAAUGUCGCAUUGAGCGUUCCAAAAGGAACCUUAAUUUUUCGAUCCGAUUCAAACGGCGAAGAUUUAGAAGGUUACGCUGGCGCUGGCUUGUACGAAUCAGUCACGACCGAAGUUGAAACCGUCACGCACGUGGACUAUUCAAAAGACGAAAUGGUCUGGAACGACCGAGGUACUGCGGAUCAAAUCAUGAGUAAAAUCACGGAGGCUGGUAUAGCAAUCGAAAAGGCAUUAGGGUGCGCGCAAGAUAUCGAAGGUUGCGUCAAGGAUGGUAAAGUUUACAUCGUUCAAACGAGACCGCAAGUGUAA